ACUCGCACGCCACUGGUGACUCGUGGGCUUGGGGGGGAGGUGGAGGUGGAACUUAUCUUGUGUAACAGCUGUAUCGGGCAGCGGCGCACACCGUUAAGCAGCAACCAGUUGCUCCAGCCCCGCUCCCGGUAGACAUGUCCCAGAGGAGGAGGCGCACACGGCGGCCUCUCAGCGCAACCCGAGCCGAGCCAUAAACGGAGAACGUUCGCGGGGACGCAGUUAGUUGGGGAAGAGCAGAGGUUUACAUGCUCUCCCGCGGCCGGUUCUCCGCGGAAUGAGAGCCGCGUGUUCGGGCGUCAAGAUGGGAUUGUUUCUGCACGCUGUCGGCUCUGUCAGCCCCACGGAGCCCGCAGCAGAAAGGAGCCUGAUCCAGUGCGAGGGCGCCAACAACCAGAGCUACUCCUGCGAGUACGGACACUGCUGCGGAGAGUCCCAGUGCUGCAGUUUUUACUACGAGCUCUGGUGGUUUUGGCUGGUGUGGGCGAUCAUCUUCAUUUUGUGCUUCUGCUGCAUUUGCCACCAUCGGCGCACGAAACACCGAAUGCAGCAGCAGCAACGGCAGCACGAGAUCAACCUCAUUGCUUACCGGGAAGCGCACAACUUCCCCUCGGUGCCCUUCUACUUCAGGUUUCUACCAAACUACCUCCUUCCUGACUACGAGGAGGUGGUCAAUCGACCUCCGACUCCUCCGCCUCCUUACACCGCCUUAAACACAAGCCCAUCCUCGGUGACGUCUGUCCCCAUGGCUCCCGAGCAGCAGGCGGGACACUGUCCCCCCAUCCAGUCUUCUCCCGCCCCCCCAGUCUCUGACGGCCCGUGCAGCAGAACCUCCUCAGAGGAGGCGCAGCCUCCCGCCUUUGACUUCAGGCCCAAGCCGGACAGCAAAGCCGUGCAAGCGGCACAAGACUCCAGCAUAAUUCUCCUGUCGGACGGGCUGAAUGUGGAGACGCUCACGGGCCAGGAGAAGAAAACGGGGCGCGGGGACGACUGCUGCAAGGACCCCCUGCUGAAGGAGUUCGCCCUGUCAGAGGGUUGCACCGACGACAAGGAGCGGCUCCCCAAUGGAAGGAGGCGGCGUUUCACCGGGGACUCUGGGAUUGAGGUGUGUGUGUGCGGCACGUGCGGGAGCAGCGGCUGCAGCGGCGCCGGAGGGGCCGGCCAGGACAGUAAGGAGCGGGAGAGCCUGCUGGGGCGCGGCGUGGCCGACACCAACGAGGAAGAGGAGGAGGAGGAGGAGGAGGAGGAUGCCGGUGACUUCUGUGACAGUUGCGGCCAUCGAGCCUCCCUGGGUGUGGAGGAGGACCAGGCGCCGUGCGGGCUGGAGAGGAGGGCCGGGCGCGUGCCGGCAGGAGCCCCCCAGACGGCACAGAACGUAGGCGGCGGCUCGCUCAGCCCCCCCAUCUGCCUUCUCCUCCACACCAUCAGCGAACAGGACGGCCCGGCCCACGGCUCCGACCCGCAGGGCCGAGACGCGCUCCCUGUUCACACGGGGAAGUAGAACAGGGCGCUGAAGCUCUUUCAGAUUGAUUUAUUUAUGAGGCCACCUUAAAACGAGCAGAUGCAGGAGCAGCAAAGCGACUCCCAUCCAGAGGAGGAGACGCCUUGCUCUUCUCCAUGCUGGGCCCAGAGGCCUUAGCCAGUGUAUUAUGGGUAAUGUAGGCGGGGCCAGUGUAACGCUCCCCUCUCUGCAGUCCUCCUUCAGUCCAACGCACUGACUCGGGGAAAGUCCUCACGGCUGACGUGGGGGCGUGAUGAGCGGCUGGUACCCGACCGCCCGCAGGAAAUCCCCCGAACCACGCGGUGAGACGGCGUGCUGCGCAGGAGCGUUUUGGAUGCAGCGUUACCGGAGCGCUCCGUCAUGUUGGUGCUGUGCAGGACGUCUGGAGCAGGCUGCAGGGCGGUCCCGGUAGCCGUGCUUUCUAAAGUGCUUUUUCAGCGAUUUAUAAACCACUCUGCCUUCUGUGUGUGUCGCUCUAUCAGCCUCGCAAGUGACGGGGUGGUUAAUGUGCGUUAAAGAUGAAUCGAAGCGUGAACACUUCCAGUUUUAUACAGUGUUUCUAAAAGCGAAACGUUUUGCAAAACCUAACAUAGGUUUAGUCUCGAGUUGCGGUUUGUGGUUUGUUGUCAUGCAACAUGUUUAAAUGAAUAGGUCUGUGUGUGAGUGUGUGUGUGUUAGUAGGAAAUGUAGGAUUUACUUGGUAUACAAUCGUUUUCAAUCUGAUUUAGCUGAAUGUAGCUAGUGCCUAAGGAAACGCAGCGUGUGAUUUUUGACGAACGAUAAAGCUUUACUGAAACUGACCAUUCCUGAUAAAGCAGGUACUGAAAGCUCGAAUGUUUCGCUUCACGGAGAUUAAAACUGAAAUAGGCAACAUCAGACCUCAAGAUUUCCUUUUUUUUUGUCACUUAAACCUUCACCGCCUCCUGCAUUUAAAAAAUAUUAAACCUCUUAGCAAAAUGAUUUCUUUAAUUUCUGAGUUAGUUUUUUUUCUUCUUUUGAACAUUUUCCAUUUGCACUGAUCAUUGUAAGAGAAAAUCAAAGGUCAUAUUAGAUUGAAUAAGGAAAGUCUGCAAACGUGUUGUUUCAAGUCUUUCCACCAUAAUCAGAGAUGCGGGUCUGGAUUUGGACUCCGCUACUUCAACCCAUGAGUAUAAAUUGAUCUAAAGAUCUCGGCUGUAGCUCUGGCUCCAUGUUUAGGGUCAUUGUUUGGCAGAAUGAUAAACAUCCUCCAUGUGAAAAACAACCUGUAUCAGGUUUUCCUCCAGGGAUGUUUAAUUUCAUCCCUCUGCUGAUGAACUCCAACCAGCUUCCCUGGGUCCUGCCAGAGAAAAGCAGCACGAUGCUGCCACCGCCAUCUUUGUCAUCUUUAUUUAUAUAGCACAUUAGGGAAAAUAACAAAUGCACAACAUGAAAUAAGAAUAAUCAAAAAUAAUAAAAGUUUAAAUACAGAAAAAUACUAAAGAUAAAAGAAGUUGUAGGGACAGUGUGUUCCACAACACCACAGCGAUUUACAUGUUUGCUAGAAGGUUUCAUCAGCGUACCCUCUGCUGUCCCCCACAUACAGUCAUAUUCAAUAUAUUAGAGUAUACAUUUCUGUUUUUCCGAUUAAAAGUACCUUUUGAAACAAAGAACACCCUCUAUGCUGAAAUUAAACACACUUUUCAUCAAGCCCCGUUUUUUUUCUAUUGGUCUGAUGCGAUUUUCAAAUCUUAAAAGAUAUGUUUUUAUUAGCUGGAGGUGGAAAACAACAGAAAUAAAUGCGCUAAAACAUCAACAGUCUGUGUUAAUCCAUAUAAUGUGUUUCCCUUAGUUGAAUAGAGUCACUUAAAUCAAUGAACUUUUCAAUUAUCUAAUUUAUUGAGUAUUUCUGGCUUUGUUAUGCCACUUUCCCAUAAAUGAACGAUUUGGGGGAGUACGGGGCUCUUAGCCGCCCUGUCGACAGGUUCUCCCACCUGAGCUGUGGAUCUCAGCAGCUCCUCCAGAGUUGCUGCUUCUCAGCUUAAUGACCCAACCUGCCGCUGCUCUCCCAAGAAACCUGUGAGGCCUUCAUGGAGCAGCUGAAAGGUAAUCGGCUGCUCUAGAUUUUAUUUUAGGGGUAUCGGACUCAAAGAAAAAAAAAACUAUAAUUUUCUCAACGUCACAAUUAAAAGCUAGUUGUUGGUCUGUGACGUGCGAUCCAGUACACAGUACAUCCGCUUUGUGGUUGUAUUGAAACCAAAAGACGUGGAGAAAGUUUCCAGCGUUCACACAAAUGCCUAAUUGCUGAAGAUGUCGCUGGUGUUUUUUGCUUUAAGCCGAGUUGUUUCGCCAAGCGCCUUAGUUUAGAUUUUACCAGACUUUCCUUUCCUGCUGCUGCGGGAAUACGCGGCCGUGCGACCUCUGCAGAGCACAAAGAGGUUUCACUCGUUGGUCAGACAUGUUUGAGUAUAUCUACUGAAGCACCUUGCGGCGCGGCGUUGCCCCACAUCCUUCAGACCGAUGGUUGAACUUUAUGCAUCCCCACCUGGACACACUUCAGUGCUUUUACAUUUUCGUGCAUUUUGUGAGCUGAAGGUGCAGUAUUGUGCACUUUUGUCUCAUUAAAGAAGAGCUAUUUUCAUAUCUGCCUGUUGGUUUAAAUGUAAUAGAGAUAUUUAAAAUCCUAAAACCACUUGGUGUACAAUCGUCUGUAACGCGUUGGAGAACCAAAUAGUUGCUUUCAUCUUUUUUUUUUUUUAUAAAGAUCCUUAGCCUUAUUCCCAUGGACAGAUUUUAUUGUUAUUAUCAUUAAAGCUAAUAUUGCGUUGUUCUGUUAGAGCUCCCUGCGUUGCGAGGUUGUGUGAAAGGUACGUUUGGCUAAUGAUGAGCGUUUUUUUUGUUAUGUUUUUUCAGUGAUCAGGGCAUGUUUUGCCAAAGAUGCCUUUUAAACAUAAAUGUUUGUGUUUUGCACAUAUUCUGUGAAUGUUCUGAUCAUAAGCCAUUUAUUUCAGCAACUAAGAUGAAUGUAUAUUCAAUAAAUAUACUAAAGGUAAAAAAAAAA